CUGGUAUCUUCCACAUUCACCUUAGUUGAAACGCCUAGAUUCUGCUGUGCAUACGUCAACAUCGAUAGUUUAAGCCAUGAUAGACACAGCUUAAGCUGUUGAUGGCAACUCCUUAAAUCGAUGCAACCUAGGUACGGACCGAGGUAACCUUUCAGCUGCUAGAGCUGUGAGGUAGUUGAGCAAUCAUCCGUGUUACCCCGGAAUUCAUUAUUUCAACCAUCCUAUCAAACCCCGCAACCUUUUAAUUGCGAAUCGUGGGUAACCAGUCACCCCUAACCCCUGAUUACGCCGACGUCAUGUUAGUAUGGCCCCAUACGUCAAUCGGUGUCGCCUCAAGAUCCCCGCAUCACGAAUUCGGAUCACGAUGGGAAGGGCAACUAUUUCGAAUAUAAGAUAUAUUUAGAGGCAGUCACCUAUCUUACUGUUUUUGUCUUUAAUCAUCAAUUAUCUCACCAGUAUUAUACACUGUAACCAUAGGAAAACGAAUCGUCAUGUAUACGAAAUUCAUCUUUACUACACUUGCCUUAGCAAGUAGUCUAGCAUCCGCAACCUAUGCCCCAGAACCCAUCAAGGAGGCAGAGCGCGACGUGAAACCGCGCCAAACAUCAAACCCCGGAGGACCCGUUGAGUCUCCAAGCUCCGCAGCCGACCAGGGCACAACCGGAGUCCUGUCCAUUCAAACCGACACGUCCGUUUCCCUUUCCAUUCAGACCGAUACUUCAGUUUCUCCCACUAUUCAAACGGAUACAGUAAUCAGUAGCAUCACCAGUGUUGUCUCUCCUACGACUUCAGGAUCCGAUACCCAAUCGCCCACAACAGAGACUUCCGGCGCAUCUUCAUCUGAGGCGUCUUCUGUUUCUACAUCCAGCUCUGAUGCGGGAGCAGCAUACCCGCAAGAGACGGGUUUCGCAUUAGCUGCAGCGGCGGCAGCGGGGCUUGUUGGCGUUAUAGCCGCAUUAUAAUAAAGAUGGACUAUCGUGCACCAUGCUGCGGACACCGAACACACUUCACACGCUUAUCGUAAUUUAUAUUUUAUAUUAAACACGAUUAUCUAAGGCAAAUUAUCUGAGAUAGUUCAAAAUCCAAUAAAAAAUAGCAGUUAACUACCUUUUAAUUACCUGAUACAUAAUUCCGAGUUUGCCUUAUACCGAUUAGGCAAAUGAAAAAGGGUUGGUUUAAAUAGUUAAAAUACAUAUUUAAGGGAUAUUCAUCGUUAAAGUACUGUGCAGUUGUUUAAAAAGUAGGUAGGUAGACUAUAAUAUUCGAUGUAUUAACAUCCGAAUGAAUGUAUGGGAGCACAACUUGAAAAUAUGGAAAUGAUCAUAUUGCUAACAAUUUUUUUA